AUGGACAGUGAUGUGAGGCCCAAGAAGAAGAGACGCUUCUUCGUGGACGACUCUGAUGAUGUUACCGAUCAACAAAUAUCAACAUCUUCAGUAGACGCGUCCAGCCGCCCAACAUCUGCAGACUCCUCCACGGUUGGGGCGCAGAAGUCCAGCCAAACCGAACCGGCCGAUCCUCAAACCUCGGUGGACGAUGAAAAUUCUCUCACAUUCGAUGCGGACACAUUUAGGGCUUUCGUCGGCGAAGAUGUUGGCGAAGAUGUCGUGGACAGGGUGGAAGCUGCGGCCAAUGGAAAUAUCGAGCGGGCCAUCAACAUGUACCUCGAUGGAUCCUGGAAAGAUGCCGUCACUUCUGUGUCUUCUCUAAACAUAUCCCUGCCCUCCAGAGGAGUGGACGAGGGGCUCAACGCAAGCGCUGUAGGCCCCGGUGGCCCCGAUAGACAAGAUCCGCCAGAGAUCCGUAAUGACCAGCCAAAGGGAACACUGUGGCACUCCAUGCCGAAAGAAAGAUAUGUCGGAUCAUUCGGCGUCGGCGCAUGGAUGACGAAGAGCGGCACAAACCUAUUGGCACAUGGAGAAUCAGUACGGAUAGAACGCUCAAAGAUUGCUCCGAGAACGAAAAUUGGAAGAGGCGGAAAACUUGUGCCUCUUACUGGAAGGAAUCAAAAGGCUGAUGUGGUAACAAGAUUCACCAAUUCCAGAGGUGACGAAUUGGGCCGCCUGCCAGAAGAAACAGCCUCGUGGGUCUCGUCUCUCCUGGACCAGAAAAUUUGUCGUUUCGAAGGAACCUGCGUGUAUGCACCGGAUCGUGUCCGAGUGAACGAUACCGUAUACCUACAGCUUCGAGCAUAUCUCCUCAAAACCGCUUUUGAAGCAAAUGCAUUUGUGAAGCCCAAGGAUGACAAUAGAGCUACUGGGUUUUUCGAAGAGAAAGAAAGCAGUGAAGAAAAGGACCUUCGUCUUCGGCAAGUCGCGCUGGUCAAACUUUUCGAAGAAGUUAACCUCCGGCCAACCUCGACCAACGAAACGACGGCGAAGCAUAAGAAACAAGGCUUACUGAGGGCCGCGGAGAUGGCUGAGCAAUAUGACAAAGAUUCGAAAGGCAAAUCUGGAACUUCAACGCCUAGCUCUGAAGAAGAGGAAGGCGAAGAAUUGGAGGAAGAUCAGUUGGAUGCAUUAUAUCAAAAGGCACAGUCGUUUGAUUUCAACACGCCAGAAGCCGAACCUGUGUCGACUUUUGCCCUCGAACUACGGAAAUAUCAGAAACAAGCACUACAUUGGAUGCUGGGAAAGGAAAGAGACCAGAAAUCCAACGAUCAACAAUCCAUGCACCCUCUUUGGGAAGAAUAUACGUGGCCCACAAAGGAUGCCGAUGACGCUCUCCUUCCCGUGGUUGAAGGACAAGACAAAUUUUAUGUCAACCUUUAUUCUGGAGAGAUUGGCCUUGACUUCCCAGUUCAGGAGCAGAACUGUCUGGGGGGUAUUCUGGCCGACGAGAUGGGACUGGGCAAAACCAUUGAAAUCUACAGUCUGAUUCAUUCCAAUCGCUCUCAGAUUGAUCUCGAAUCAUCUGACAAGCCUGUCACAUCGGUCAACCACCUGCCCCGCCUACCGCAGUCAUCGGCCUCCAUUGAGCCAGCACCAUGCACAACCUUGGUAGUGGCACCGAUGUCACUGCUGGCACAAUGGGAGAGUGAAGCCGUCAAAUGUUCCAAAGCAGGGACUAUGAAGACCAUGGUAUAUUAUGGCAGCGACAAGUCCGCAAACUUACAGGUCUUAUGCUCUGCGGCGAAUGCUGCUUCUGCUCCCCGCGUCCUCAUCACAAGCUACGGGACUGUGCUGUCAGAGUUUGGUCAAGUAUCGGCUGCCGGCGGAGAUCGAGGAUCUCACGGUGGACUUUUCUCGAUGGACUUUCAUCGCGUCAUUCUAGAUGAAGCCCAUACCAUCAAAAACCGACAAGCCAAAACGUCAAAGGCGUGUUACGAACUAAAAGCCAAACAUCGAUGGGUUCUCACCGGAACGCCCAUCGUCAACCGUCUCGAAGAUUUGUUCAGUUUGGUUCGAUUCCUCAAGGUCGAGCCAUGGAGUAAUUUCUCAUUCUGGAAGACUUUCAUCACGGUGCCAUUUGAGUCCAAGGAGAUUGCCCGGGCCCUUAAUGUCGUUCAAACGGUGCUGGAACCCCUUGUUCUUCGAAGGACGAAGGAUAUGAAAACUCCGGAAGGCGAAGCAUUGGUUCCACUUCCUCCAAAGAUCAUCAUGGUUGAAGAGGUUGAGCUGUCCAAAACAGAGCGUGAAGUCUAUGAACUGAUUUUCACCCGAGCGAAGAGGGCGUUCAACGAGUCUCUUCAAGCUGGGACCUUGUUAAAGUCAUACACCACCAUCUUUGCCCAGAUUUUGCGCCUGCGACAAUCUUGUUGUCACCCUGUCCUGACGAGGAAGAAGGACAUUGUGGCGGACGAAGAAGAUGCUGCUGUUGCCGCAGCGGCCGAUGCCAAUGGGUUUGCCGAUGACAUGGACCUCCAAGAUCUUAUCGAUCGAUUUACCGAGGAUACAGAUCUGGCCGAGAAGGAGAAUCCAGCCGCCAAAGAUCCAAUCUUGACGUUCACGACCAAUGCUCUGCGACAGAUCCAAGAGGAAUCAAGUGGCGAGUGUCCGCUAUGUUACGAUGAUCCGAUGGUCAAUCCGACUGUCACUGCUUGCUGGCACAGUGCUUGUAAAAAUUGUUUGGAGAAGUAUAUUUGUCAUCAGACGGAUAAAGGAGAGAUCCCUCGCUGCUUCUCCUGUCGAGAAACGAUCAAUCCGAGGGAUGUCUUCGAGGUGGUCAGGCAUAAUGGUCCGCCAACUUCAUUCGAGUCGGAAGGUGACAUGUACCUGGCGGAUGGUGCAAUGGCGAAGCCUUCGAAGAUUUCGCUUCGAAGAAUUCACCCCUAUUCUCCGACCGCUUCAACAUCAGCCAAAAUAGCCGCACUUCUGAAUCAUCUUUCCGCGCAGCCGAAGGAAACCAAGUCGGUAGUAUUUUCACAAUUCACGUCCUUUCUUGACCUCAUCGCGCCGCAACUCAGCAAACGUGGCUUCGCGCAUCUUCGCUUCGACGGAACCAUGCCGCAAAAGGUUCGAGCUCAAGUAAUCAGGGCCUUCAAUGCCGAAAAUGCAUCGGAUCCCCAAGCCCCUCGAAUUCUACUUCUGUCCCUUCGUGCAGGUGGUGUUGGAUUGAACUUGACGGCCGCCAGUCGAUGCUACAUGAUGGAUCCAUGGUGGAGUUUUGCCGUGGAAGCCCAAGCCAUUGAUCGAGUACACAGAAUGGGUCAGACACAGAAAGUUGAAGUGAUUCGAUUCGUGACCAAAGAGAGUAUUGAGGGCAGAAUGCUGCGUGUGCAGGAACGGAAAAUGGCUGUCGCGGGCUCUUUGGGUGUGGGACAGUCCGGGGCUGGUGAGACGGAGGAAGAAAGGAAGAAGAGACGUAUCGAAGAGUUGGAGAUGCUCUUGGGCUGA